GAUUUCGACAACGACAACGAUGCCGACCAAAGUUGUCGAGACCCCUUAUCCACUCAUUGAUGCGGACCCUCAUGCUGGACGUGUAAUUCGAUAUCUUAGGCCUUCCGACUAUGGCGUUUGGGCUGCAGCCACCGGUGCUUUCCCAGCUGCUCUUUACUUCUGGGACAUGGCCGAUCCCUCAAGGGUUAAGAUUAGAACUCCUCUCCGACUAGGCGGUUUGCUUGGCUUUAUCGGAGGAUUCCUGCUUGCAUACCAGCGUUCCAGUUUGCGCUUCUGGGGCUGGACAGAGAACAAGCGUGAGGAUGAACGGGAUAGAAAAGAGAUGUCCGAGCGAGUUCAGAAAGGUCUCCCUGUUUACGGCAGUUCCGAUCAACCUGAAUGGGUGCAAGGUGCUGCAUUCAGAAACUCUGUUUUCUCGCAGCUCAAAUUCCAUCUCUUCCCCAUGGUCAACUUGGUCAACCAUCAAUAUCACGGUAGAAACCCUGCUGAAUACGGCGAGAAAAAGGAUUCGUAAACAACUGCAUGAUUUCUUAGCCGAAUGCAUGUUUAUAUUCUCACUUUGACAAGCUUGGUCAUGUGUUGGAAUGAAUACUCGGCGUGCCUGGCAGAACAGUGUGAAGUGUCUACGAACGAGUCCUUUUCCGUCUCCUGCUAACUCCUUCACUGUCGUCGUCCUCAUCAUCCAACGCCACAAACCCGUCAUCACUUGCACCCUUGCCCUUCCCUUUGCCCUCUUUGGUUUCUGUAACCAUCUUUUGGACAAUUGUCUCCCACAUGGUAUCAUUGAUACCUUUUGCUUUGCCCAGCUGCUCGCGCAACUUCGACACCUCAGAUUCAAGCUCAGUAACGCGAGAUUGUAAAGAUACACCUGUUGUUCCCGAUCCAGCAAUGUCAGCUGCUUUGAC